AUGGCAACGAGAGGAGGACCUUUUGGAUCAAAUCGCAGUGCUUCCAAGCAGGCUGGGUCAGCUCGAAACAGGUGGACCACGCAAAAUCAUGGCAACGGAACGAUACAGUCUCCAACCACGAAAACCGGUUCUUCUGCUCAGCGGAAUCUCAACUUGCGAAAAAACACUAUUGCCUCCACAGAAAAGGUUAUUGUUGGCCUGGAUUACGGGACAACAUUCACAUCUAUCUCAUACAGCAUUGUUCCAAUUGACAGUGGUAAUAUAAAGGGCUCUGCCAAUGAUGUCAUGAGUAUUGUCAACUGGCCAGACGAUGGAGACGAUGGAGAAAAGAAGCAACUUCCAACAGAAAGUUGGUACUCACCAGAACCAAUUGAGCGGCAUCGGAAUGAUCAAGCCGAGAUAUUUGAUGAAAAUCUAUUCGAUUCGUUCCAAGGACAACAUCCCUUGAUAUUCAGCAGGACAGGGGGAGACACAAUCAAUGAAUCUGAAGACACCGAAAUGGAAGAUGAGCUCUCUGUUAAUUUUCUUUGGGGAUAUGGUGUGCCAUACCAAUUGUACAACGCGCAUUCAGCCCGAAGCCAAAGACGACUUGUGAAAAGAGCCAAACUGAUGUUGGUGCAAACUGAGUAUACCAACGAAGAUCGAAAGGGGCUCCGAGGUACAUUUACUGGUCUUCUCAGAGAAGGUAUUAUACGCAGACAUGGAAAGCGAUCUAAAGCCGAGUCUGAUAUGUGGGAUGCAGUGGAUCCAAUAUCAGAUUAUCUUGUGAAAAUUUUGCAGCACACUAAAGAACAACUGAAACUUCUCCGUGGAUUUACAGAUCAAACAACCGUGGAUUUCGUAAUGACUGUGCCUACCGUCUGGUCUCCAGAGGCUUCUCGCGUGCUGCAGACAUCUGUCAAGGCCGCCAUACUUGCGACUACUUUUGGAACGCCCGGGGGGACUACUGCGGAUAACAUUUUCAUAAUCUCUGAGCCGGAGGCUGCUGCAACAUUCCUCUUAGAGAAUUCAGAGGAUAUAUCUCUUGGUGAAACGUUUAUUAUUGCUGAUUGUGGCGGUGGCACGGUCGAUGUCGUUACAUACGGAGUCAGUAAUCGCUACCCUCUCCGCUUGAAGGGAGAAAGGAUUCAACCAGUCGGGGACAACUGUGGAUCUAGUUAUCUCAACGAUCACUACAAAGAUAUGUUGCUCGAUCGGCUCCAAGACGAAGAUUACCUCAUCAAAAAUGGCGAGACGCUUGAAGCAAUUGUAAAUCGGUUGAUUCCAGCUUUCGAGAAUAAAACCAAGAGGAGGGUGGAUGUUAUGAGUCGAUCUGGACCGGAGAGGGUGUAUAUUGCAGGUUUACGUAGUGAUGAACAGAUAAAUCGUGUUGGUCCAGCAGAAAAGCGUUUCAAGGAGAACUUUCUACUCUUGAAUCGGGGUGAUUAUAAGGAGAUAUUCAUGCCCCUCUUGCUGCGUAUCUCGGCAUUGCUGGAGAAUCAGAUCAAUCAAGCUGUGGCGAAAAAACUUGUGGUCAAGAAAGUAUUCCUUGUCGGUGGCUUUGGUGGGUCUCCUUCGUUGAGAAGCUAUCUUAAGCAAUGGCUUGAAAAGAAAUCGGAGAAGAUCAAAUCCAACAUCGAAUUAGUAACAGAUGCUCAUAAAUGUAUCACAGCAGUAGCAUCAGGUGCUGUUCUUCGUGCUCUCGAUAAGAAGAAUGGACCAGAAAGAAUCUCACAGUCAAGUUAUGGCUUCCUCCGACAUGAGCCAUAUGAUCCUCAAGAGUAUCCUGGGCAUAAAGAAGCCAAGACCAAUGAAAACGAAUUGGAUGGUGAGAAAUAUGUGGCCACGAUUGAUUACUUCAUGAUCAAGGGAAAACCAAUUCGUCCAGAUCACCAAUUCCGACCAUUCCCUACCUAUCAUACCUUCGCAAUUGAUGAAAAGAAAUUUCUCUGCGAAGAAAUUCUCUACGUUUCCGAUACCGCUACAGAAUCCCAUUAUAGUCGCAAGAAUAUCAAAAACGCUGAUGCUCAAAUCGCCGGGCGCAUCAUCGUAGAUAUGACAUUUCUCCGCGAUAAAGGUACCAUCAAGCCUGUAUACCCAGAAGAGGGCAACAAUGGGACAAAACACUAUAUAGUGGAUUAUGAACUGGUGGCGAUAGUAUCAGGGAGAGCUUUGAGAUAUGAGGCGAAAUAUCCUGCGGGCGAGGGCGGGAAAGUGCAGGGGAAAGGACAAUUGAGUAUUGCGGCGGCUUUUAGGGAGGGAACUGCUUAG